AUGUCUUUUUUAAACAGAAGCGUUUCCCCUGGGCAACGAUCGAACUUGCCUGUGGCGUCUAAUUGUGAAACAGAACUUCAAGAAAACCAUCCUGCCGAAGCAGAAGAUAAGCUCUUCCUUACCAAAAAGGAAACUGAAACGACUAUUGACAGUCAAGAGCAACUGAAUGCUAUUUCAAACGGGAAUAUGAGUAGUGUUAGUAGUUUGCUGCAAACUGCUGUCGAGAAGAACGAUGCAAGUCAAGGUCAGAUAUUGUAUCGUGUGGCUCUGCUGGCUAUGUGCCUUCUCUCAGCAGUUUCUCUUGGGCUCAUCUUGCUGAUGUUGUUUGGUGUACUUCAAGUUGGUUCACCGCGAUGUACCUGCUCUGGAGAAACAGGUAUUUGCAGAUUUACAAGAUGUUUUUUCUAAAUUUUAAUUCAUAUCUUCAAAUCGAUCGUGCGUAAGAUACGCUUCUAUUUUGGAUCAAUUUUCGCCGCGAAAGCGAGUCUCAGCCUAUGGAAGACCACAUACAAUUGGCCUGGUGAGGUAAAAAAACAUAAAUGUUGGUAAGACCACGAAAUCCAAACAAAUUCGAGGUUGAAAAAGUAUGGACAAGCCUGUGACGUACUGCCGAUGAUUAGCUUAUCAAAUUUACGCCCAAAUUGUGAGGAAGCUUUUUUUAUUAUCAUUAUUACUAUUAUCAUUGUUAUAGACCUUCGAGUCAUAGGUAUUGAUAAGAACGAACAGAAAAGGAUCUCUCGACACUUCCCUGAUAACUGCGUUCAAAGGCGUGUUUUUUUUUUUUGUCUGUAAUGGUAUGCCAACACACUUCUAUCUUCCGACAUGACUCAAGUAACCUAGGGUAGCGCAUCAAAACAGCAUUGAACAACAACGGUUAAAUAUGCACCGGACCCUAGGUGCGAUACGUAUAUGCUUGUUAGUACUCCUCGCGAGAAUUUUGAAUACCUUGAUUGACAGUGAUAUUCUCUUUAUUUACAAAAAUCGUCCCCACUCCCCCCUUCCCACGCUUUGAAAGUGUGAGCGAUGAAUGGAGUUUUCCAUUUUUUUUUCUUGGGGGGGUUCGUUUUUCUGUUUUUCUUGGAUUCAGUUUAAGUCUCGAAAAUAAACUUCCAAAGUUAUUGACAGCAUUUAAAAGUCAUUAACGUAUAAGAUGAUCAGGAAAGUCUCACAAAUGUGAUUUAAGAUGAUCCUUCUCCCUGUGGGGUCGAUUCUUGAGCUCUAAGGUCAAUCACAAUGACGAAACUACAUUCACUGUUACCUGUUCAGACUGAAACAUUUAACCUAUUGCAAAAAAAGUUAUCUUUUUUUUUGCGGCUUACCUACAGUUAUCUACACUAACACAAAACUUAAGUUUGUGUUUGUGUUGUAGAGUUUUGUGUCAGUGUUGCGGAUUUUGUGAUUCUGUUUUAAGUUUGUGUUUGUGUUGUAGAGUUUUGUGUUAGUGUUGCUGAUUUUGUGAUUCUGUUUCAAGUUUGUGUUUGUGUUGUAGGUUUUGUAACCUUGUUUUGUUCCUAGCGGCCACCGUAAUUUCAUCCUUUUAUAAACAUUGAGCAUCGAAAGAUGUGAAAAAUGUUCAAACAGUGCAAAAGAGCAUUAGGGGAGUAAGCGGUAAACAUAAUCCGGAAAGCCGAAAAUAUUGAAUACCCUAAAUUGUUCGUGGUAAUCAAAUUUGAAAAAACAACGAAGCCUAUUUUUGCAUAGUAAUUAUUUUCUAAAAACUCCUUGGAUCUCAAGAAGUAUAGGAACAUCCAAGUUUUAAUUUCUAAACCGUAGUGAAUGAGUUGCCAGUAAUCGGAUGCUUGUGUUUGCGGCAAAGAUUUCUGGGAUCGCCAAGGGGCAAACAUUGCAAGUUGCUAGAGGGGAAUAUAUGGCGAAAGGUUGUGUCGAGAUCCAAAAGAACCAUUUUGGAGAUAAGGCAUCGCUUUUUCCUGCUGUUUCAUCAUAAAUCGAUUUAGGUAAUGUUGAUACGAGGGAAGCAUAAGUUUUUCAUUGAAUAACCAUGAUAUGUGAUAAAACCUACUGAUAAAUUUCCCCAAAUUUGCAUCGCAUAAUGGUCUCGAAGCUUAGAAAAAUUAGCUAGGAAAUAAAUCCACAAAACCUUCUCAGUUUUAUUUCAUGUAUUGAGUCUACUUUUGGCUUUUUUCUUGGCUUGGUGAUACCAAAGAGCUACCUCGAGGCAGCUCGAGAUUGAAAUGGUUUACCUGAACAUAACAUCACCAUGUCACGUUGAAGAAAUGUAAAAUGGAUUCCGUGUUUACAUAGCCUGAUGUAAACACGCGGGAGGUUGGGAGAACACGAGAUAAGCGUAGGAAACCACGACGCAAAGCGGAGUGGUUUCCGGCUUAUCGAGUGUUCUCCCAACCUCCCAAGUGUUAACAUCAGGCUAUGUAAACACAGAAACCAUUUUACAUUUCUUUUAUAAAAUAACUAAUGAAAGAGGAACGAAAACCGUGUUUACGUACGCUCAUGUAAAAUGGUUUUAUGGCCAUCAGAGCGCGCGUACUAUUUGAAUUAUUUUAUAAAAAGUGAUUUAACACUUAAGUUGACCUUAGCUACAAGGAGCAAUCCUUCAAUCAUAAUAGUUAUCCUUAAUAAAUAAAAUCGACUAACGUAUUAUCAUUUUUGUCUCUUUGAACUAUACAACUAAUAAUUGUCUACUUGGAAACUGUACCCAACAGCUUAAUGCAGUCCUCUGCAAACUUGAUAUCGUCUGUUCUUUCAUACAUUCAUUUCCACCAGGGGCGUCAGAGCUUGAAAAGAAUAUGCAAGAGAUGAAAAGGAACCUCUCGGCUCUGCGAGAAUAUUCGGUAAGAGAAUUUUUUUUUCAUUUGAAUUAAUGGGUGAAGUACAAAAGCUCGCUGAUGUAUAUUUUGCGCACAGUAUGUACACUAGAUUACGGAUUUCGAAAAUUUUGUAACAGCUACGAUUGGUCGAAAUAGUUAUAAAACAAUUUUUCUCCAUUGAUUUGUUUUGACUUGUCCCCUAACUCGACAACAAAAUGGAAAUCCGUUUAUAAGCCAAUGAGAUUACGAGUGUCCUUCGUUGCUUCAAAAAAAUUUUACGCUUACCUUUGAUCUAUACCCUUCUCUCGAUGAAUAAUUACAUAUAUUUCUCACCAAAAAGCUUUCUUCUAAGAGCCCCAUUUUCCAGCUACUGUCUCUUAUAAAAUUCUUAAUCCAAUCUAUCUUUUAAACAUUCACUGAUACCUCGUGUAUUGGCGUAUGGGGAAUCAAUUAUAGCAGUUUUGGCAGCAACUGAUUUUUUCUAUUUUUAGCAUGAAACAUAUCUUUACUCAGGCAGAUAAAAAACUCUUACGAGCCCAACAGAUGUCAGCAAGUCAUCUUGAUCAUUAGUCUCAUUUAAAUUAUUGUUCUUUUUUAUGCUUCUUGUGAUCUACACUGAUUGAUGCCACCCGCAGAUUGACAAUUUUUGGGGGCGGUAGGAAAAACGUGACAUUACCUUAAAUAUUUAUCUUAUGUUUCAUCCAUUAUAGAGCACCAUAUUUUGCUCUUUUUCAGGACCAAAAUACAAAAGAAAUCUGGAUCGCAAUACAGAGUGCACCCUGCACAUUGAACGAACUAAACACAAGUGUGAAUGAAAAGCUUCUUGAUUUUCGACAGCAAAUCCUGCAACUUGAUCAAAAGGUGCGUGCAGCUAAAUGUAGUUAAGGACUAACUGAGCACUUGGAGCUUUGGUCGCUAAUUUAAAUAUAUAAAAAAAUAGCGGCCCUAAGUUACAUAAACUCAAGUAGGCGACGUUACUUAUAUAACAUCAACUUAAAAGCUAUAAAGCUACAUUGAAUGGAAAGGCUGCUAAUUUUUAGCUGUUACGAUUUUGCAUCAGUAAAAGUUCACUGGUUUCAACUUUUCAUGCUUGUUUCGUACACCAGAAAAUAAUAUUCUUAGGAAAAAAGGAACCCAAGAUCUGGAGAUUUUCGACCAAAAUAACACACGACAAGAACAUAGAAAGGUAUCUCACUUAGAUUAUUACGCACUCCCAAUGUAAGCCUGAUAAUAAGGCCUACCUUAGAAGUCUUGUGUCAGGCAGUACUUCCCUUGGUAGUUGUUCGUCCGAAAUUAAUUAAGAUCACAUGAUUUCCGCAGACCGCAACAAUUAAACGUUUUGAGAGAUCCUCUAAAAUCUCAACUACCGCCUAACUUGAGAGUUGGCCAAGGUUUUCCAUAUUUUUAAGAUAUUUUUUUCUCGUUAUUUGUUUCGCUUUUGCUUCAGUUUUGCUCUCCCUUUGUGAGAAGCACAGUUGAUUUAUUUACAGCAGUACAACACAAAGGUUUAUUUAAUUGUCUAGGUAAAAAAUACAAAUAGCAGCAGGAGCAUCAUAGGACCACCUGGAGUCAAUGGUAGUAAUGGUGACGUUGGACCUACUGGACUUCCCGGACCACCAGGAUAUAAUGGUACUAAGGGUGACAUUGGACCUACCGGACCUGUCGGACCUGCCGGACCUCCAGGUUAUAAUGGUACCAAGGGCCCUGCAGGACCAUCUGGACAACCUGGUGUUAAAGGCGUUCGUGGACCAUCUGGGCACAAUGGUACUCAGGGCCCACCUGGACCUGGGACCAGUUCAUGUGUUUUUAAGACUUCAUCCAGCUCUGGAAUGACAGCAGACCCGGCCGCUACACAAGAAGUUCAAGUGACGGAACCAAACGUAAGUCACUGAUCAGCUCUAUAUAGGGUACGGAAGAAAAAAAAACAAAACAAAACAAAAAACAAGCAAACAAAUCUUCUAUUGAAAACUACUUUACGACAUUUAACACUCAUAAGACAAGAUUUAAGACAAGAUUUGAGACAAGAUUUGAGACAAGAUUUAAGACAAGAUUUACCGGUCCAAAGAGUUGUCCAGAGUCUUAAAGCUUCACUUGAAUUCAGCAAGUUCAAUUUUUUUAUUUUUGAGAAUUAAAGCCAAUUUCCCUUCUUUUAAGUCGUAAAUCAUGUAUAAAAAAAACAAAUAAAAAAAAAACAAAAAACGGCAGGUUAAAAAAAAAGAGAAAACAUUUAACAACCUGUUACGGACAAGUCCAUUUUUCCUUCUUGCGUUCUAAGAUGCGAAGGUUGUAUUUAUGAUAACAUGAUUUCGGAAGGGAAAAUUCGCAAUAAGGAUUCCCCGAUUGUAGCCUUCGGCUUUCUUUAAGUCAAGUGUUCACUCACUGAAAAGAUUGUACACUUGCCUAUAAAAGUCAAGUGUUCACUUACUGAAAAGAUUGUACACUUGCCUAUAAACAAAGAGGAAAUCAUUUUUUUGUUCUUCCGCAUUUCGCACUCCUGACGUAAUUUACCAUUAUCAUUAGUAUCAUUUUUUUACUUGCCAGGGUAGGAUCUUUAUCGGCGUAAACUGUGAUACAAAUGACGCGAAAAUUGCUAAAUUAUCAAGCACCAUCUCAGCUGGAAAGAGAACCUACAAGUGCAAUUGUGAAGGUACCCUAACAACUGGAGAACCAAAGACGUAUUGCUACAUCCACUACUGGGAGUGUCAGUUAUAG